UUCCGUGGAUUUGGGGAGUGGGGGGGUGGGGGUUCUGGACAGCACUAACUGUAAAGCUGCUGAUCCUUUUCUUUUUACUGAAACCAGUGAUUAAUAACGUUGUAGGAGUAUAUCCUGUACUGAAUCUUGACAGCUUUCGAUGAGGCAUCGCUCAAGAAUGAACUAGAGUGGUUGGACCACGAGUUGGCCAAUCAGCAACAAAGAAACGUGGCUUGAGAGCAGGCCCCGCCCUCCGGGGGCUCCAAUAAGAAGGGAGGAGCUCGCGUUGUAUCGGCGCGUGAACAGAGAACGAAGCACACCUGUUGGGCAGCUGUAGGUGAGCCGGGAGUUUGGAUACUGGCACUUUGACAGACCAAAAAGGAUUUUUGGCGAGUGACAGCCGCAGCGAAACGUAAACUGCAAGAGUCCUGUCGGGGGAAAAUGGAAUUUGAUAACUUAAAGUCCUCAGCCGCACUCAUUUACGAUGAGUUCAUCCAAAAUGCCGACCGGCGGACGGACACCUGGUUCCUCAUGUCCUCUCCUCUCCCCCAAACAAUCGUCAUCGCCGCGUACAUUUACUUUGUCACAUCGCUGGGGCCUCGGUUGAUGCAGAACCGCAAAGCCUUCGACCUCAAAGGAGUUCUGAUCCUCUACAACUUCGGCGUGGUGGCUCUCUCGCUCUACAUGUGCUACGAGUUUGUGAUGUCUGGAUGGGGAACCGGAUACUCCUUCCACUGUGACCCGGUCGACUACUCUGAUUCUCCACAGGCUUUGAGAAUGGCGUCCACAUGCUGGCUUUACUACUUCUCAAAGUUCAUUGAGAUGUUGGACACGAUCUUCUUUGUGCUGAGAAAGAAGAAUAGCCAGGUGACAUUUCUUCAUCUCUUUCAUCACUCAAUCAUGCCCUUUACCUGGUGGUUUGGAGUUCGCUUUUCUGCAGGUGGGAUGGGGACAUUUCACGCCCUGCUUAACUGUAUCGUCCAUGUUAUCAUGUACUCUUACUACGGCCUGACUGCUUUGGGUCCAAACUACCAGAAGUACCUGUGGUGGAAAAAGUACCUGACUACCAUUCAGCUGAUCCAGUUUGUCAUGGUGACGAGCCACAUCUCCCAGUAUUUCUUCGUGAAGCACUGCGCCUACCAGUUCCCCAUCUUUGUCUACAUCAUCGGCUCGUACGGCCUGAUUUUCCUGUUCCUCUUCCUCAACUUCUGGUACCACGCCUACACCAAGGGCAAGAGGCUGCCUAAAGUACUGCAGAAUCAGACAUGGGCACACCACAGCAAUGGAGUUAUGAAUGGAAACGCCAGUCAUGAAAAAGAUGAGUGAUGCAGGCUGGGGGGUUGGGGUUGACCUCAUUUAUGUAAGCCUACUACUGCAGUGGGGCUCAACCCCAUUACUUUGGACUGUACUUUCUGUUUUCUACUUGCAAAGACAAUCUUUAAUAACCAAAGCUCUAUUUAAGAGGUUUAUUGACUCAAGCUGAAGGGUUUUUAUCGUGUGUAUAUAUUUUGUUUACAAUGAAGGUAAAGCCCAAGUUCUGCUAUGAAGUUUCCAAAUAUCCCUCCUCUCUGUUACAGUAUGGUUU